AUGGGGUUCAAGUGUCUCCUCUCAUCACGCGCCCUUCUUCAGGUUACCGGGUCUGUUGCUCAUGAAUUCCUGCAGGGCCUCUUCACAAAUGACUUGCGGCAACUCCAGCCCGGUGGCAGCCUGUGGGGAUGUUUUCUUCACCACACGGGUCGCGUUAUGUGCGAUGCCUAUCUUUACCAAUCGACUCGCACGCCCGAAGGACAGGUAACUAUUAUGAUUGAUGUGCAUUGUGGCGUUGCGGACACCCUGUUGGAGCACCUGAAAGAGUACCGGAUGCGCAAGAAGUUAGAAAUACGGAGUGCAGCCGAAGAGUUGGUGGUGGUGGCUGCUGCAACGAUUGGAAAUUCGAUCUCGUCCUGCGGAGACAAUGCUGGAAGUUCCCCAUCAUCAUCGUCGGCAACAUACGGUGGGGACCAGGAACUUAGUGGCCCACAAGGUGUGGAUUCAUUCGAUACCUUGGCGGAGACAUUUACUGACCCACGCAGCUUCGCUCUCCCAGCCACUCUUCGGAAGAUGAUUGUUCCUCGGAAAGGUGCCCCACCCACUCUGGACUCAGAGAAAUUGUACAAGAAAUUUCUGUACGCAGCCGGCGUCGGUGAAGGACCCGAAGUGUUCAGGCCUUCGAAAACACUACCCUUUGAAGCAAACACUGACUUGUUACGAGGCGUCAGUUUUCACAAAGGCUGUUAUAUGGGACAAGAGCUCACUCACCGUACUCAUGUAAUGCUUGUCACACGCAAGCGCACAGUACCACUGUUCCUUCAGGGGGAGCUGUUUGACGGGAAGGGAGGCGAAAAAACACCGCAUGUUGAGGGGACGUUGGUGAUCGGCAACCAGAAGGUUGGUGAGGUUCUCACUGCAUGUGGUAACGUUGGGCUCGGGUUACUGCGUUUGAACCACGUGGACAUCACGACGCGAAGCUUUCCGGGGUUGUCACUGAGCGAUGGCACAACUGUCGAUGCGAGAAUCCCUGAGUGGUGGGACGAAAAGGAGCUACGCAAAGUCCUCACCAAAUCAUGA